AUGGGACGCACGGGCGACGCUGAGGGCUCGCCCGACGCGCCUCUGUCUAGUGCAGGCCUCGCGGGCGUUUCCCGAGAGGCGCCCGGCCGCGCGCCGCGCGAAUCGCGGAGAGAGAAGGUGGAGCGGGAGCAUGGCGCGGCGUCUGGGGCUACUCCGACCGACGACGCCUGCAUCGAGGCGGGCAACGGAGAAGAGAACGGAGAUCCAGAGGCUGGGACGGGGCGAGAGAGCGCAGAAGCGGCGCGCGAGCACGAAGGGCCGUUUGCCGCCGAGACAGAAGAAGACGUCGAUAUGGAAGAGCCGUUGCCUGCCGCAACGGGAGACGGUGGGGACGGGAACGCCCAUUUCCCUCAAGAAGAGGCUGGCGCUUCCCCGGGGCGUUUCGCAUCCACGGGGGAAUCCGGGACGCCGUCUGUAUCGGUACCGUCUCCACUGUCGGGCUUUUCCGGAGGCGACUCUGGGGGCUGUUCCGCAGCUUUUGCUCUGAGCAGCGAGGUCGCGCCUUCCGCGCGGUGUCGCGCGCCAGAGAAGGGCGACGCCCCCGCGUCGGAGCCGGGAAUGGAGGCGGAAACGGGUGAGUUUUCGCGGCUUUUUCACGCCGAGCCUGGUCCGUCUUCGGCCCCGACCCUGGCUGACCCAGGAGUCUCCACUGGCUCUUCGGGUGGCGAGGCCAGUGUCGCGCCUUCGUGUUCCGACUUCUCCGCUGCGGGAGCGUCGAGUGCACCCGAAGCGCUCGCAGAGGCAUCCGCGUCGCCUGCCUCGUCUGUCAGUUCCCCAGACGUGUCUCCAGCUGACUCUCCGCCUCCUCAGACUUCCUCUCCCGCCGCGUCGCCUGCGUUUCCCAGCGCCUCGGCUGGUCGCCCUCUGUCUCGCGCGGCGGCGAGAGCAGGCGUGAACAUGACUGACGCUCUUCCUCCGGGGCUGCGGCCUGACAUUCUUCUUCACUCGCCGCCCGAAGUCGUUCGCCAGUAUGUUGCUGAGCACUUUGCGCAUCUCCACUUCUCGGAGAAGAAGGCGCUGCUCGCCGGGGGCGAAGACUCGGGCGACUCGAGCGAGGAGAGCGAAGAGGAGAAGGAAGACUGUGGAGACCGCGACAAGGAGGGAGUUUCGAAGCGAGAGGUGGCAGGCCGGAGAGACGGUGAAGAGGAGGCCGAGGGCUCGAGUUCCGAGGGCGGGAACCUGCGAGGGCCAGCGGCGAACGAAGGAGAGUCGGACGCCGUCGCACAGGCAACUGCCUCUGGGGAGACGUGCGGGGAGGGAGAAGACGCCGUUUUCGGAGGAGAGAAAGCCGCCAAGCUCCGAGAGAUGGCGAUGAAGGCGAAGCAGAGCGCGAGGGGUUCUUCGAGUCUCCGCGGCGAGGGAAAGAAGAGACGAAAGCUCGAGACUGACAGCGAAGAGGCCCCGCGCUUGCACCCUGUCAACUCCCUCAAUCUGAGUUGCAGGAGAGUGAAACUCUACGAAGUGGACGACACGGGCCGCUGGAUCGACAAAGGAACUGGUCACUUCUACGUCACUGAGGGGAGCGGCACGGCUGCAGGCGACGGCGGGGCGCGAGAAGAAGAGCUGUCGAGGCUCUAUCUCGAGCGGGACGGAGGCGAGGGACGCAGAGACGAAGAUGACGAAACAGGCAUGGCUCGGCUUAUAGUCGAAGACGAAGAAAACGGGAAGGUCUACGUGGAUACGGCGAUUGGCAACAACUACGCGUACCAGCACCAGAAAGACUCGAUCAUUACCUGGCAAGAAGGCCGAACGGGCGACGUCUACCGGGCCUUGUCUUUUCAGCAUCCCCAUGGCUGCUUCGCCUGCUGGAGCUACCUGACCCUGAAGGCACCCGACCGCUGCGCCGGAGGAACGGAGGAGGAAGAGGAGGAGGAAGAAGGCGACGACAGACCGCUCAGCGCAGCCGAAGACGAAGAGCGGGAAUGCGGCCGCCGUCAGGGGGCGUUGGGGCGAUUUCGGCGUAGCGAAGAAGGGAGAGACGAACGCGACGAAGACGAAGACGAGGCAGGCGUCGACCCCCUCGUCGGUCUCGACGGCGCGGACUCGAUUCCGCACCAUAUCCUCGAGACGCCGAACGAAGACAACUUACACAUGCUCAUGACGCGAAUGGAAUUCGACCUGCCGCAUCCUCAGACGGGGGAACUUGUGUUGCUGGAUGUCCUCGGGCGGCACUGGCUGUAUCUGCUCUUCGCGUUUAUGCGGAAAUGCAUCGCCGCCGACAAAAUCGAGCAGCUGAAGCAAAUCGCCUUUAUCAUUCGAAAAAUGCUGGUGUUCUGGAGCGGUCACAUCGACGCCUUGGAGGUUCUUCUCAGCGACGAAUUUUGGCCAGAUGUCCUCAAGUCCCUCGAAUACGACCAAGACUUGCUUCAUCAAGGCAUGGAGAUGCGACACAGCGAGUUCUUUUCGCAGCGCGCGCAGUUCCACAACGUCGUCCAGCUGGAGGACCCGGUUUUCACCAGCCACGUCCACCUCCACUACAGACUCAUGUAUCUCAAGGAUGUGGCCAUUACAAGGUAUUUGGAUGAAGCUGCGAUAAAUCGUCUUCAGUCGGUUUUGGCGUGUAACAUCCAAGAGGUUUUGCGGCUACUUCUUCGGGACUGUCCCUCGCCGCCCGCCUGUCCGUCUUCGCCUUCUUCUUUCUCUUCGUAUUCCUCCCACAGCCUCACGGGCGCGCCGUCGGGGGAGACUCUCAACUCCUCCUGCUUCGCCGUGUUGCGCGAGAGACUCAGCGAGGACUUCAUGGCGGCGCUUUUUCUCCGCGAACUUCUGCAAAACCUGUCGAAACUGCUGCAGCAACAAAUGCUCGAGAAACACUCGAUUUUCACGCAAAUUAAACAACACAUGAUCGUCCUCGAACUGCGCGGAAUUCUCGACGGCACCUCCGCCGCAGUCGCCAACUGGAACCAGGUGUUUUUGCCUCUCAACAAAAAAGCUGAAGAGGUAAGUGCCGUCGAGAGGCUGGAGCGAUCCGUGGACGAGAAGGUAGGGGUGAUCCACCGCUUGGCGGAGGCGACUCAACAGAUCGAAAAUGUGGGCAAAAUUGUGGAGAACGGUUCCAGCUUCGACGUAGGCAUCCUGGCAAAGCCGGGAGACAGACGCCGCACACACACACACACACACACGUGUGCGUUGCGCAGCAUGCGCAGCCUCGCUGUCGCGUUCACCACCGCGGGGUGGGGUGCCUCAACCAUCUGA